CGAGGAGUGAUUCAGCAAUCUUAUAAGCCUGGUUUUGUAUUUCUCGGCUAUCUAGAAUGCGAAAAGAAAUUAAUUUUUUUAAUGCGCCCGUGAGAAAUACAAUCCAAACAAAAAAGCCUCCGUGCGAUGCCAUGGUAAUUGCAGCUCUGCAUAUCGUUUGACAAACACGCAAACGAUAUUCCAAACAGAAGGGAAAGGGGUGGAGAAGGAGGAGCAACUGUUGAGUAAUGUGUGGCUCGUUCCCUUCAAUAGCUGUUGGUUUGUUUUUUAUUUUCAGGCGUUUCGCCCGACUGGUUGGUUUUGAAAGUUGUUUCCUGCCGACAUUCAUUGAUUUCAGAGCUCGCAGCUGUCACUUUCCCUGGCCUGCAGACAGCAAGCUCAGAUCCCCUCGGAGAGCACUGCUGACCCAUUUCGAUAAUGACCCUCUGAAUAACUAGCGACCAUCCGAUAGCAUGCGAGCCUCCAUAAUCACGGGGAUGUCACGCUGUUUGGCGGCGUUCGCAAUUUUGAUGAUUUCAGCAUUCGGGCAGGCUGACCCACUGAUGUACGAAAAUGAAGGCCUGGUGACCAGGAUAAAUUGUCAGGUGAGAGAGCCGCAGCACUUUCUCUACUCCAGCACCACGGACCUCUGGGGAAUGAUGGGAGGGCAGAUCGUUCUAAGUGCCGAUGUCACACUUCACUGUUUAGGAGAUGACAGUGGGGGAAAGUAUGGAUCUGAAGCCUUAAAAUACAGAGUAGAAAUUGAUAAUCUUCAGAUAAGUGAAAAUAACGAGAACAAAAUGCAGUCCAUGGUGAGAGAAAAGAGAGUCGCCAAGGAAUUCUUCUCGAGAUCCUGGACCGAAGUGAAGGACUUCUUCAAACGGGUAUUCGGGCGCAAGCCCAAGCCGCAGCCUGAAGUGACUCGAGCGUCCCACCCCGAAUUCACUGAGGCGCCUCCGACAGAAGAGCCCGAGGAGGAUUUGGACAUGAGUGAGUACAACUCCCUUUAUUCGAAGCCUUUCCAGUUCGUCCAGUUGGCGAAUGGAUCGAUUCCCGAGAUCCGUUUCGCAGAGAACGAAGUCGAUACCAAAGUUAAAAAUUUCAAAAGGCAUCUCGUGGACGCAUUUUCCACUCAACUGAGCUCCGAUCAGAGAGUGGUGGAAAAAUCAGUCAUUGGAGAACACACUUCUAACUAUAAUAUUUCAGUGAACGGUGAGAAGGCCAGUCUCAGUGCCGACAACGAGAGUGCUGCGAAUCUGAGCAAACCGACGGUUGUGGUGAAAAAAAUCGUAACCGGAGGGGACAUUCUGCAACUUGCUCCCAGCGCAGCUGUUAACGAUCCGGACAAGAUGGACCUGAAACUGGAGCAGAUGCAGAUAUUCCGAGAAGGCCGACUGGUACAGAGCAGCGGCAUCUCCUCCUUGACUCUGAUGCCGAAUUCUGAAAAGAGCAGUAAUCGCAUUAGAAGAGAGGUCCACGAUGUCACAGCCUAUCUUCAAGCUCAGACGACUUUUGACAUUCAACUUCAAGUGAGGCAAAGGCGGUCCUCGGCCUAUUCCGCGCCUGAAGAAAAAGACGAGAGCAUGCAAUACCUCUCGGCCAGUCGUAUGGCGGAAGUGGAAGAUCACACAAGAAGAGGGAAGUUGCGAUUCCUUCCAGAUCCGGACAUAGACACGGAAGCAAUUCUUCGAAGCUUAUUGGAACAUAAAGACCAAAAGUACGAGGAAAAAGUACAAGCACUGUUCGAAGUAGUUGAACGAGAAAUCAGUUUUGAACUAGACAGAGAAGCUAAUUCUGUAUCAGCCACUGCCAGAAAAUUGCUUUCCGAAGAGGUUAUGCAAAAUUUAUGCCUGAGGGAUUUCUCCGUUUGCAAAGAUUUUCUGCAGCUAUUGGCCACAGUAGGCGGUGAGGAAGCUGAAAAGGUAUUUUUGUCUCUUCUGUCAGCGGGAACAGGCCUGUCAACAGAAAAUCUUGGAAUGAUUGCCGACAUAUCCUCUGACGUAUCCCGACCUUCUGCAAAAUUUUUGCUCAUCCUCGGCGAAAUGAUUAAAGGACGCUCCAUGGACCCCAGCGUGACAGGAACACUCACCAUCAGCCUGGGCCACCUGGCCUCAAAAGCAGCACCAGAUGACAAGAACAAAGUAACGGAUGUAUUCACCCAUUUUCUUCAAGAGCGACAAAGUGGCUGUCAGUUGGAUUCAUCGCUAAUAAAUGUUCUGGAAGGGAUCGGAAAUUUGAAAAGCGAUCGAGCGGUCUUUGAUGUCUUGGAGGUGUCGAAGAUGUGCGGAAACAAUAGCACUGUUCAAAUCGCGUGUGCGCAUGCGCUUCGUCAUUCAAGCCACCUGCCGUUGGUGCAACAGUGGAUCCAGAACACAACGACGGAAGGGAAUUGCGAACUACUUUCAGAAAUUGUUGCCUCUUUGACAGACACUAUUCAGGAUCAGGAGAUGACUCCAGAUGACACGCUAUGGCCUCGCUUCGGUUUCAACGACAUCGACAACCUCCUCAAGGAUCACCUCAGAAAUUCGAGCUGCUCACAUGAAGAGAUCAUUCUUUAUUUUAGUAGGAAAAAAAAUGCUGCUGCCAAUGAAAUAGCUAAAAAUUACUUCGGACCAGAAUCGGAACCGUGGAAUACCAGAUUAGGUACUCGGCAGAAGAGGUCCGUCUGGGACGACCUCAACUGCCAGGAUUGGACAGAAGACAGCAAAUUCGUGACCAUCCAGGACCGAGAGGAAUUCGCUACUGACAGAGCGACCUACAACAAGAGGAAAAGCUGCCUUGGUUUCAAAAAACUUGGGAUCAAAGGAGCGAAUGCUGAGAUAUAUGCCGGUGUUUUUGCCGGCGUGAAAGAGCCGAGUUCGCCACCCAAAUACAAACUAUUCACUAAAUUCGUAUCGCAGCUGAAUUUCCUCGGACAAGAAUUGCAAAUAGGUUCUUUCCGUUUUCACCACCAAAAUGGGAAGAUGAAUGCCAACGUGAAGAUUAUGGGGCGGACGAGGCAGGAGUUCACGCACGACGGCUGCACGCCAACCGAUCUCACGUACAGACCCCUGAAGCACGUUCCCCUCUUCAACGUGAAUAUCGGCAUCGCCCAACUCAGCUUAGGUGUCCAGAUCAGCAGCCAGCUGGGCAUCGUCACGUCCUGCCCCGGCCGGGAAGAGUACGUUCUGGAGCCUCUGACCAACGUCAGGGUCGGUGGAGAAGCCCUUGGGACAGUUCUUUUCAUGCGAGGUGCCGCUAACUUGGGCGGCAGUUUCAACUACAAACUCCAGUUCACUUUCACUCCUUCACCGGACAUGUGUCUCAAGGGAAGCCACGGAUACGACCCCAUGAACAUCAGUUUUGAAACUUACUAUCAGCUCUGGAACAAACUGAAGGAUGAUUGGGGAAAAGUGAGAACAUGGAGACCUGGUUUUUUGUCAUGGAAUAUCACAAACGGUGACAUCAAACCUUGGUUUAAAGACACUUGUAUCUCUCCGAAGCAGUCUUCGGGUCCUUUCUUAAAUUCGGAAAGAGAGCUAGAAUAAUGCUCCGAUUCUGAGAUGAACCAUGCAGUUGCCAAAAGAACAAAGAAAUACUUGUUGAAAAGAUACAAAUAAAUGUUGAAUUACAAUAAACUGUGAUUUUCAUUUUUC